ACGAGGGCCAGAAAUCAUAGAAGAGCAGUUCUGUGUCAAAAUCGGAGGUCCUCGGUGCAGAAGAAAUCACAGUCGAUCAUGAUUGGGUAUUCAAUCCAGAACGUUCCCACCCACCCCCACGAGUAACAGAAGCGGCAGCAUGUUUGGGGCAUGUCUCCGGCACGCAUUGACACUCCACUCUGAACGAUGAACGAUCUUCCUGGUUCUGAUAGCGGUCCGUGAGAACAACACAUGUCGUUGAUGCGAUAACUCAUGCAUGACUGAGCGAAUUCGAAGGACACUCGAUGCUGAUGUUCUGCAAUCAGAUUUUGGCCAAAAGCACGUGUACCGGAAAAUCUAACUUGGGCCUGAAGCGCCUGAUAGGGGAUAUCCACCGAGUCAAAGCGCAAAGUACUUGGCGAACCGACGCCUGGGCACAGCCACGGCCAAAUAACAUUUUUGCAAGUCCGAGUGGCUCCGCCCGUGCACUUGUGGGAGAAUGAACUAGUUAGACUUCGCAGGCUACCGCAGUUCGGCCGCGUUUACAUAGCUUGACACGAUGGAUGAGAGGAACCUCGUCUCGAGGUCGUGGCCAGCAUGACCCGGGCAUUCGGUCCGGUGAGAAAAACGCUCCGAGGCUGCCAUUCCGGACAAGAAGCGUCCGUAAGCCCAAGGCAAACCCGUGCCACCUAUAUCGACCCACCGCCACGUCGGCAACAGUCACAGGCGGUGGCGAGUGACUCGAUUCGACGCAGAAAUGCCGAUCGCUUUGCUGUGCUGGACAGUGAACUGCUCGUUUCCCAGUCAUCGAUCACCAUAUGGCCGGAGUUAAUGUGCUUGGAUACCCAUAUCAGGGGGCGGGAAUGAUGUCGGACCGCCCUUCAGCACAGGAGGCCCUGGAGGCCGACGUCGGAAAAUCAGCGAGGCGUUGUCACAGUGUCACAUGCUACACAAUGACAUUUUGAGGCACUGUUGUCGGAAUCAUCUGUUUGAACCCAACCACCCACGAACCCCGACUAUCGCAUCGGCCACGCGUUGCUCUCUCCGCUCUUUAUAAACGCGCCGCUCAUUCUCGAUACUCUCCUUCGACCCUACUCUCCAGGCCGAAUAAUUCAAUCCAUCAUCACUGAGGUCUUCAUUUGACCUCCAGUUACCGCGCACUGGUCCCUCCUACCGCACUCAUCUAGACCCACUGCUCGCAUUCCUAUCUCGUGACCCAAUUCACGCCCCAUGGCUACAAGACAUGCCCAACCUGCCCCACCCCAGAAGGUGCCUCACAACCAGCGUCAAAGCUAUCCAGUUCCACCCGCUCAGAUCCCACCAUCGAGCAAGUCGGACCCAUUCUACGGCUACGAAUAUAUCGCCUCCCUCAGCGCACGCUUCAUCACGCACCUGUUCGCAUGUCCCCCAUUUCCCCCACAAUCAUCUCACUCGCAGGCGAAACUACCCUAUUUUAUUGCUUAUGCUCUGCACCGAACCAAACUGCACGCGGCGGUCACGUACGCCGCCCUUGUCCUGCUACAGCGCUUAAAAGCGAGGUUCCCUACUGCACGUGGCUCGUCGGGACAUCGAUUGUUCAUCUCCGCUUUCAUGAUUGCAUCCAAGGUCAUCUGCGACGACACCUACUCGAACAAAUCGUGGAGUAUAGUGGCCCAGGGGAUGUUCACCUUGCGAGAGAUCAAUCAGAUGGAGCGAGAGAUGUGCAACUAUCUGGAUUGGGAACUCACUGUCGACGAGCCUAUCCUCAGCCAGUUUCAAAAUUUGGUCCAGACCGACUUUGCAGCCGGGGCGAAGGGGCCAUAUCCGACGUAUUCCCUCCACCAAGUCUCGAAGCGCGCAGCCAAAGCUGCGGCGACGCCAUCAGCCACCCCGAUACCCGAUCCCAACACGACGACGAGUCCGAUCCCGGCAUUCUCGGCGCAGCGCCAAGCAUCCCCGACGAAGCCCUCACAGCUUGCCCCGAUCGUCCCCCCAAAUACCAUCUACAAGCCCGGUUCGCCCACUUCGCCGGAUACGCCCGGCCAAAGCCACUCUGCAACGACGUCUCCUGCUUCUUCAUUGUCACCUCCCACACCGACGGGCCCUGUGGACGACAACGCAAGAAUCUACGACGGUGCCAAGAGCGAUGUCGCGGGUUUUCGCAUUGCUGGCGAGCUGCCGUCUGUCCAUCCUCUCAAGAACAAAAUGUUUGCAUUUGCUGCACCGGCUGUUUGGUAGCAUCUUGUCCGCUCUUCAUCUGUGGCAUUCUCUGCAUCUCUCAUCGCAAUGCUUCAUUGUAUUAUUAUCCUCAUCAAAUUCCCGCAUGGACUUCUUAUUUUUCCAGAUGUAUUAUUCUGCUCUUGGCCCAGCAUUUCUCUCUCUCUCUCUCUAUUUGGGCCUCCAGGCAUUGCUGUAUAAUUUACUUACCCACACGCCUUUGCCGUAUACCAAUCAAACAAGUCAUAAGCCCAUUCAGGACCGUCUUCUUUCCAUUUUCGUUUAGUUCCCGCGAUUGAGGUGAGGUCCCUAUCAUGAUGAAGAUGGUGGCCCCGUCUGCAGAAUGAUUAUUCGCGUCUGGGGUCCGUGAGUUAUUUUGUGCGGUCGAACCUGGUCGAACCCUUUCGCGCAUCCAGAAACGUUGUGGGCGUCUACUUAUCCCAAGCGCCCGAUGCAGGCCGGUGUAGGUCCAGCGCCAGAUGAGGUCCCGGACGUGGCGAGUUUCGAAGCCCACUCGGAGAUGUUCUAGAAAUGAUGCACUGCCCUCGGAAGCAUGUGCAUAUCAAACGAUGCCAACCGUCUCGGCUUCGAGUCAUGAUGGCACCCACCUAUUGUCUGCAACACCGUGUUGUCG